AUGGAAGUAGCUGAAGAGAUAGAGAUUGCCAUAGUUGGUGGCGGAAUCUGCGGCCUUGCAACUGCCCUUGCUCUUCAUAGGAAGGGUUUGAGGAGUGUGGUGUUGGAAAGAUCAGAAUCCCUGCGUGCCACCGGGGCAGGAAUCACAAUUCGAACAAAUGGUUGGCGAGCUUUGGACGAACUUGGUGUGGCCUCAAAGCUCAGACAGACUGCCAUGCCGCUUCAAGGGGCUAGAGACAUAUGCCUCAAUAGUGGGAAGCAACGAGAAAUACCGCUUGGAGGUGGGGAAACAAGAUGCCUGAAACGGAUGGAUCUGAUCACAGCACUAGCAGAGAGCUUGCCACGUGGCACCAUACGCCUUGGAUGCCAAGCACUCUCUGUUAGGUUAGAUUCAUCUACUUCCAGUCCAAGUCUUCAUCUCCAGAAUGGAAGCUCCAUCAAAGCCAAGGUUUUGAUUGGAUGUGAUGGAACCAACUCAGUUGUUGCGGAUUUUCUUGACCUAAAACCAUCAAAGCUCUUCUCAUUAUCGGAGGUUAGAGGUUUUACAAUGUAUCCAAGUGGUCAUAAUUUUGGGAACCAGUUUGUCCAAGUUAAGGGUGACAAGUGCACAGUUGGAAGAAUACCCAUUCAUAAUAAAUUAGUUUAUUGGUUCGUCACUCAGAAAGUCAUGUAUGGUAGAGGAGGGUUGGAGGUUCCAAGGGAUCCAGAGCUCAUUCGGCAACUGACAUUAGAAGCAAUCAAAGACUUCCCUUCAGAAAUGAUAGACAUGAUAAGCAAGAGUGACACAGAAUCAUUAUCUAACACACGCUUGAGAUACCGUUCGCCGUGGGACAUUCUGAUAGGAAACUUUCGAAAAGGAAGCGUGACAGUGGCUGGCGAUGCCAUGCAUACGAUGGGACCUUUCCUUGGCCAGGGUGGCUCUGCUGGCAUUGAAGACUCCAUUGUCAUUGCCAGAUGUUUGGCUCAGAAGUCAGCUGAAAAUUAUGAUAAAAAAUCAAGGGCAAGGCGUAUAAUGAUGAUGAAAGUGGAAGAGGCUUUGGAUAAGUAUGUGAAGGAAAGAAGGAUGAGAUUGGUGCUGCUGUCAACACAAACUUAUCUUGCUGGUUUGCUACAACAAGAUUCAGGGUUGAUUGUCAAAUUUGUGUGUAUAAUCUUGAUGACAGCUCUUUUUAGUGAUAUGACUCGUCACACUCGAUAUGAUUGUGGAUGCCUUUAA